UUUUUAACCCGCGCGAAUGCGAGGAGCCACGCGAGAUAGCCGGGAGCACAUGCGCUGGGAUAGCGCGUGGUUUUUACCCUACGCAAAGAUCUCGGAAGUUUCCAGUCGAAGCUUAUCGGAAUUUGCAUCGCGCUGGAAACUCAACGGCAGAGUUUUUUCAUCAAAAUCUCCGGGUUUUUUGUUCGUCCAGUGAAGUGUCACGUUCCGUAAACACUAGACGCGAAGAGGGAUCGUCGAAGCCGCGUACAAAAAUGGCGCUUGUUCUGAACAUUGCAAACCACGUGAAGAAUGAAAAUCGUGCAGCUGAGAAAAUCUUAACGAAUUACAUAAACUACGGGUUUUCAAAAUCGAAUCAUUCCGUAGGAAUAAUCGUCCGGAGGAACAUCGCCGUUAAAAAUAAGCCGCUACGAACGUAACCUAGAAGAAUUCAACGAAAAAGCAACUGACGAUAAAAUCUUCGACGUUUACUACUCGUGCAAGUAAAAGUGCGGACAAUUUUCUUGCGCCUGUUCCAGGCGCGGACUGCGUGUGAAAAAAAAAUACAUGACGUGUGUGAGUGUGUUGAUAUAUAAGCAUAAAAGACGGCGUAUAAAAUAACUUGGAGAUUCGUGUCCGAGGCUGCGGCUACGAUUGUAAUUGAUUCAGUCGAUAUACAGCAGUCUGAGCAAGCGGUCAUCGUCGAGUGGAUUGCCCAAACGUGUUCUCACAAAGCCGUGUAUAAAUAUUAUUUCACAAAAAUAAACGAAAUCAAUAAAGUAUCGUGCGCAAAGUUUUGUUUAAAUUGAAUUUUUGUUUCGUGCUCGUAAUUAAAUACUCUGCACCGAGACGUUCAGUGGCUUAUUUAUACAGCAAAAGAGAUAGUCGCCGCGGCGGGUCAAUCGGGCAUCGUGCAAGUUUACGUUGCGCUUGUAUAUAUUUAUGUAUGUAUAUUUAUAUACAUAAUAAUAAAGCACGUUGAAUAAAUUGACGCGAUGCGCAACGUCGAUCUGCCCACUGUAAUUUUGCUCUUGGGAAUAACGAUGGCGAGGACACUUUCGAUCGAACCGAAUCACGACAAACCUUGCAUAGUCGGUGACGCAUGGGCGGAAGACUGCAGAAGCUGCGUCUGCCUUGGAACGAGAGUGGCGUAUUGUCGUCCGACGUUUUGCGCUUCGAAACUUACACGGGCUUUGGACACUUGCAAGGAGGGUGAAAAAACUAAAGUCGGAUGCAAUACCUGCAUCUGCCGGAAGAACAAACGCAUAUGCUCCAAGAAACAUUGUCCGAAAAUUUCGACUUGAUAUAAAAACUUGUACAUGAACCUAACCUCCGAUAAUAUUUAUCCAAAUUUAUAACAGGAAAGUUUUCCUAAAUUUUUUCAUAAAACAAAACCCCGACGAGUGGUCAACUUCGAGCGUCAAUAAUUCGUCGAUUUUUAAAAAUUCCAUAUCUUUCCGUCCAAAAUUCAACGUUGAAUACAAAUUGCAGAAGGAGAAUCCACUGUUCCCCUUCAACUCUGGGACACUCUGUAUAUAUCCACGCUUUCAACCUUGUAGGUUUUAAUCCAAACAAAAUGCUAGUGUAUAAUGUACGUCUGUACCUACAUUUCUACGUCGUUGUAUUCCUCGUGAACUGUUUUAAGCUCAAGGAGUGCACGAGUAACCACUGAAACUUCUCAUCCCUAUUAAUUUCGAGAAAAUACAAAGCAAGUGUCUCUAAAGAAGUCACUGCGGCGAGUUAGAGAGGAAGGUCAAGAUCGACUAGACGAGUGAAAAAAGCAUUUAAAUUUCAUUAAAAAAUGUAUUUUUUUAUUAUUCUGUAAAGACUGAAAAUCUACUUGAAAUAAAAUAUUUUAUCAUUUG